GAAGACAGGCACAGUCGGAGCGGGGCAAGUAGGGAACACGUGCCGUUUCCCUGGCUAUCGCUGGUGAUUCGAGGCUUCUGCUACAGGCGCAAGUAGAGGGUGGGAUGAUCAAAACCACGCUCCCUGAUUGGUGGGCUAGAGGCACUGCGCCGCUCAUGAUUGGGCCGACUGGGCCGUAGGGCGUAUUUUGAACCGCGUAGGGUUCUGGGUAAGAGGCCUUAGAAGGGUCUUAACCGAAAGGGGGAGGGGGAGGGUCGCCAACAAACGGCUGAGCUCAUAAUCCCGGCCAGGACCAGCCAGAGCGCCCCCUCCCCCAUGGAGACAGCCAGGCCUGAGCCACCGCCUCAGCCGCGCCAACUGCCACGGGCGACGCCUCCGCGCCCGUUGCGCCCCGCUCCGCCCUCGCUGCCAGUCGAGGGCACGUCCUUUCGGGCAGCGGCCUCCAAGCCCUCGCCGUCGCCGCCUGCCCCGUGCGCAGCCGCCAUUGUGACCGUGGCCUCGUCCUGUGGGGAGGCUCCAGCGUUGGGUGUACAGCCCAGGACGCAGCGGCUAAUUCAGGUGAAGCCAGAGCAGGUGUUGCUGCUGCCACAGGCGCCACUACUGUCUCAGGUUCAGGACGAGGGCGGCCCCGCCCCUCCCGCGCAGGCGCAGGCGCAAGCGCAGGCGCGGCUGCUGCAGCUGAGGCCCGAGCUACUGCUGUUGCCCCCCGUAUCCGAGGGCGCCCCCUACAGGCCCGAGUUGCUCGCAGUGCAGCCCCAGGCACCACAGGUCAAGGCGGAGAAGCCAGAGGUGGGCCACAACUUGGAGCCGUCCGUAGGACAUCUGAGGGUCGUCGAGGCUGGCCCUCGAGCCUCCACGGUGGCCACGGUGGACGGCCACGGGCUGGCCCUCGACAGCCUCCGAGGGGAUGAGAACAAGGGAAAGCUGGGGGCAGAGGAAGUCAUGAAGGAUGCUGUGAGACCUGGCGAGGGCAAAAGCCUGGCUGCUAUCGGGGAUGGAAUUAUCAAAACCGAGGAACGCGAGGACUGCAGACUGGGCACGGAGCCUGCAUCCAAUGGCCUGGUCCAUGGCAACAAAGAGGUCAUCCUGGCCCAGCCAUCCAGCGCCUUUGGGCUGCAACAGCAAGACCUCAGGAUCCCUUUGACUCUCCACCCGGUUCCCCCGGGCACCAGGAUCCAGUUUCAGGGACCUCCACCUUCAGAUCUGAUACGGUUGACCAAGGUACCCCUGACACCAGUGCCUAUUAAAAUGCAGUCCUUACUGGAGCCAUCUGUAAAAAUUGAAACCAAAGACGUUCCGCUCACCGUGCUUCCCUCAGACGCAGGAAUACCAGAUACUCCCUUCAGUAAGGACCGAAACGGUCAUGUGAAGCGACCCAUGAAUGCGUUUAUGGUUUGGGCGAGGAUUCACCGGCCAGCACUGGCCAAAGCUAACCCAGCAGCCAACAAUGCAGAAAUCAGUGUCCAGCUUGGGUUAGAGUGGAACAAACUUAGCGAAGAGCAAAAGAAACCUUACUAUGAUGAAGCACAAAAGAUUAAGGAAAAGCACAGAGAGGAAUUUCCUGGUUGGGUUUAUCAGCCUCGUCCAGGGAAGCGAAAACGCUUCCCUCUAAGUGUGUCCAGUGUGUUUUCUGGUACCACACAGAAUAUUAUCUCCACGAAUCCUACAACAAUUUAUCCUUAUCGUUCACCUACCUACUCUGUGGUAAUUCCCAGCCUGCAGAACACCAUCACUCAUCCCGUUGGUGAAGCCCCACCUGCCAUCCAGCUGCCCACACCUGCAGUCCAGCGCCCAAGUCCCAUCACGCUUUUCCAGCCCAGUGUCUCCAAUAAUGCCCAAGUGGCCGUCCAGGCUCCAAGUCUGCCUCUGCACCCGGCAGCUCCACCUCAGCGCUUUCCUGGGCCUUCCCAAGCUGACACUCAUCUGCUGCCUUCUGGACCCAGUCACUCCGUGAAGAGACCCACUCCUGUCUCUCUCGAGAGCACCAACAGUAUUUCAACCAGUGCAAGUACUGCCAAUGCCAGAUUUGCAACCCCAGCUAUCCAGCCUCCUAAGGAGUAUACCAGUGUAUCUGCCUGUCCCAGAAGUGCUCCAGUCCCCCAAGCUCCUCCCAUGCCACAUUCACAUGUCUACCAGCCACCUCCCCUCGGCCAUCCAGCCACUCUGUUUGGGACGCCACCACGAUUCUCUUUUCAUCACCCUUACUUCUUACCUGGACCUCAUUACUUCCCAUCAAGCACGUGUCCUUAUAGUCGGCCUCCCUUUGGCUAUGGAAAUUUUCCAAGUUCAAUGCCAGAAUGCCUGGGUUACUAUGAAGACAGGUAUCAAAAACACGAGUCUAUGUUCUCAGCUUUAAAUAGAGACUAUCCUUUCAGAGACUACCCAGAUGAGCACACGCACAGUGAAGAUUCUCGGAGUUGUGAGAGCAUAGAUGGGACCUCUUACUAUAACAGUCACAGCCACAGCGGGGAAGAAUACCUGAAUCCCAUCCCUCAGCUGGACAUUGGAACCUUGGAAAACGUCUUCACGGCCCCUACAUCGACUCCCUCUAGCAUCCAGCAAGUCAACGUCACUGACAGUGAUGAGGAGGAAGAAGAAAAAGUGCUCAGGAAUUUAUAAUUUUAAAACACAUAUGCACAGAAAAUAAACAUUUCUUAAAAUAUAUUCUGGGUCAGUUGGUGUGAGAAAAAAAAAGCCUAGAAUGCUUUGCUGAGAGUUUUCAGCCAUGAUUUGAAGAGUCAAAACCAAAUGCAAUUCGUGUUUUCAUAAGGUUUUGAUUAGUGGAACUGGAGUACUGAGUUGGUAUUUCAUCUUAGGAAUAUUUAAAAUAUGAAAUACCUUAUUUUUAUGGCUGAAAUUUAUGCCAACAUGUAUUAUCAUCACUAUCUUAUCUUGGAAAAUACAAAAGCCUUCCAAUUGUAUGUGAGGAGAAAGGGAGUUGUAAUACACCUGGCAUGACAAAUGUGACUUGCAUUUUAUCUCAAGAUUCAUUUGCUUAUUUUUCUUAAAUACUUUUUGUUGAUGUUUAUAUAAUACUUAUGGAUAUUGUCCAUGUUUUUGUAGCAUUUUGAAAAUAUUUUGAUAACUUGUAGAAGUGAACUGGGACUCAAGUUACUAAAUUCAAUUUACACUAAUAAUUCUAAGUUGCAAAUGUGUUUUAAUGACACCUAGGUAAUUCUUUCAGCUAUAUUUAGUCAUUACUCUUCCAGGACAAUUUUAUCAUAUUUGAAUAUCUUUUUCAUUUGGUAUGCAUUGUUAUAUUUUUGUUGUAAUUAAAUAAAGAUAUAAAAUUCUUCUUGCUGAAUGUUUUCUGUUUGGAGGAUAGAAAAAAGUACCAUGAGUAUUUUUCAUUUAAUAUGAUUUUUCAUGCCACAUACAGACAUUUUUUUUUACCUAGUACCUCCAGAAUUACAGAGAACCCUCUAUUAACUUGCAUAAGACUUGAAAUUUUAUCAACAAAAGGUGCACGUAUUCUGGUGCUAUUUGGAUACUGUGUAACAUGUGUACACAUAGGAUAUAAACACUCACAGAAAGGAGGAGCCUUUCCAAAUCUGGCUCAGGCUGCUGUCUUGAAAACCAUGGAGUUUACUUAAAAGCAUGUGGAAUUUAUUUAAUUCACACUGUACAAAAAAACUACUUGUGCUAUAACCUCUUGGCAAGCAUGCACUUACAGAAGACCUUAGAAUAAGAUCAGGUCCAUCAGAGUUGGGAUCAUGAUGAAAGAUAGAUACAGGAAGACACAAAGUGAGUUGAUGAUGGGAUAUUGCUGCAAAUCUGUGUACUUUUCCCUCAGUUAUCUGUAAAUUUAUGCAAAGUGAAGCAUUGUUACUUAAAAUGCUUGGAAAUUUUGUAUGGAAACCUGUUCUAAGCUUCAAAUUUCUUUCUUCACUAAGCUUGCAUUUGUUUCUUAAACAAAGGUUGUUCAUGUACUACAU